AGUCACAAAGGACUGUUGAUGCCCAGCUUCAAAGUACCAUUGAAGGAUCAAGAUUUUUAUCUUCAGCGAAUACCUUGAAGGGCCAGACCUAUUUUUGGAACAUUGGCCAUCAUUGGUCUGUCUGAAAAGUGUAGAUUUGUGGGAGUUUGUCCUAGUUCCACAGUGACUGGAAUUUUAACAAACCAGGUUACCCGAUAAUAUUCCCUUUCCCUUCUCCUCCGCCCCCUCCCCCCCAGCAGUAGGUAGACAGAAAUUGUUUUAGCCCCAAGUAUCAGUCUCAGUCUCAGUUCAUCAGUUAUCUGGGUCAUAAAAAAGCAUGACAGGUCAUCUGCAUUAGAGCUGUUAAGAAGUCUUUGAAACAAGUAAAAAUCUGAUCACAUAAGCCCGGGCUUGUCCUGGACAGCUGACACACCAAUUUCCAACAAGAGCUGAUUCUGCUGUGGCUCGACUCCUGCCAUCUGGGACAGUGAAGCAUAAGCUGUGACCAUGACUACUGAAGUAGGCUCCACGUCUGAAGUGAAGAAAGAAUCUGAUCAGUUAGCAGCAGAUGCAACCAAGGAGAAAUCUAAAGAAGUAGCAGAAAAUCAGCAGAAUCAGUCAUCAGAAUCAUCUCCUAAAGCUGAAAACCAAAGUAGUCCACGUCGUCAGAAGAGAGAGAAGGAGCCAUCAGAGAGCAGGGGUAUUUCUCGAUUCAUACCCCCAUGGCUUAAGAAACAAAAGUCAUAUAACUUAGUAGUGGCCAAAGACGGAGGAGAUAAAAAAGAACCAACUGAAGUUGUUGUGGAAGAGCGGAUUUUAGAUAAAGAGCAAUCUCUUCCUGAAGAAGAAAGACAGGCCAAGGGCGAUGCUGAAGAAACAAUUCAGAGAAAACAGCAGGAGGUUAAGGUUGACGUUAAAGAAGAAAAACCUUCAGUGAGUAGUGGUGAGACACAGCCUGCUGAAGAAAUAAGAAAGGAGAAAGAAGAGAAGGUAAAGGAAAUACAGGACGACCAGCCAGAAGGAGAAGCAGCAAAAAGGGAGACAAAGGAAGUGCAGACCAAUGAGCUGAAAGCAGAGAAGGCUUCUCAAAAAGCUGCCAAGAAGACCAAAACCAUGCAGUGUAAGGUGGCCCUCCUCGACGGCACCGAGUACACCUGCGACCUGGAGAAACGUGCUAAAGGGCAAGUGUUAUUUGACAAAGUGUGUGAACAUCUCAAUCUCCUGGAGAAGGACUACUUUGGACUUUUGUUUCAGGAAAACCCUGAGCAGAAAAACUGGUUAGAUCCUGCAAAAGAAAUAAAGAGACAACUGCGAAAUCUGCCCUGGCUGUUCACCUUUAAUGUGAAGUUUUAUCCUCCUGAUCCUUCUCAAUUGACUGAAGAUAUCACCAGAUACUUCUUGUGCCUUCAGCUCCGGCAGGACAUUGUCUCUGGCCGCCUGCCCUGCUCCUUUGUGACGCAUGCUCUGCUGGGAUCUUACACUCUGCAGGCUGAACUUGGAGACUAUGACCCAGAAGAACAUGGCAGUAAUGACCUCAGUGACUUCCAGUUUGCUCCCACUCAGACUAAGGAGCUGGAAGAAAAGGUAGCAGAACUGCAUAAAACCCACAGGGGCUUAUCUCCAGCACAAGCUGAUUCUCAGUUCUUAGAAAAUGCGAAGCGGCUGUCCAUGUAUGGUGUUGAUCUGCAUCCAGCCAAGGACUCAGAAGGCGUGGACAUCAAGCUGGGUGUGUGCGCUAAUGGGCUUCUCAUUUACAAAGACAGACUGAGAAUCAAUCGUUUUGCUUGGCCAAAAAUCUUGAAAAUUUCCUAUAAACGCAGCAACUUCUACAUUAAAGUGAGGCCAGCAGAGCUGGAACAAUUUGAGAGCACCAUUGGAUUCAAACUGCCAAACCAUCGGGCGGCGAAAAAGCUAUGGAAAGUGUGCGUGGAACAUCACACUUUCUACAGGCUUGUGUCUCCAGAGCAGCCACCAAAGGCCAAGUUCCUGACCCUGGGCUCCAAAUUCCGUUACAGCGGCCGUACCCAAGCCCAGACCCGCCAGGCCAGCACCCUCAUUGAUAGACCAGCCCCACACUUUGAGCGAACCUCCAGUAAACGGGUCUCCAGGAAUCUAGAUGGAGCUCCAGUUGGUGUUGUGGACCAAUGUCUUAUGAAGGAUUUUCGUGGCCCUGCUGGGGAGGUUUCAGCUCGUGGCCCUGGAGGGGUCAGCACUGCCGUGGUGCAAGAUGGGGAUGGCAGGAGGGACAUCAGAAGCCCAGUUAAAGCCCCACACGUGCAGCUCAUUGAAGGAAAGAAAAAUUCCUUGAGAGUAGAAGGGGAUAAUAUUUAUGUCAGACAUAGCAAUUUAAUGUUGGAGGACCUGGAUAAGGCCCAGGAGGACAUACUGAAACAUCAGGCUAGCAUUAGUGAACUGAAGCGCAAUUUUAUGGAAUCUACACCUGAGCCGCGCCCUAAUGAAUGGGAAAAACGCCGUAUCACACCUCUGUCUCUACAGACACAAGGGAGAAAAGGAGAACAUCUUUUCAAGGAUAUUUUGUCCAUGAAGGAGAAGCAUCAGAUGGCGGCAACACGGACAGUUGAAGAGAAAGCCCAGGAGGCAGACAAGAACCGCGCUCCCGAGUCUGAAGGGCCUUGCGCUGGAGCCAGUGAUGCUGUUAAGAGUUCACAUGAGACUCUGAAUGUAGUGGAGGAGAAGCAGCAGGCGGAGGUUGGGAAAGACGAAAGAGUAAUCACAGAAGAAAUGAACGGUAAAGAGAUCUCACCUGGGAGUGGUCCUGGGGAGAUUCGUAAGGUGGAGCCUCUGACACAGAAAGACUCCACCUCCCUGUCUUCUGAGAGCAGCAGCAGCAGUGAGAGCGAGGAGGAAGAUGUGGGCGAGUACCGGCCCCACCACCGAGUGACCGAGGGCACCAUCAGGGAGGAGCAGGAGGAAUAUGACGAAGAGGUGGAGGAAGAGCACGGCCCUGCUGCCAAGGUAGUAGAGAGGAGGGAGGAAGCAGAGCCAGAAGCCAGCCCAGUCAAACAAGCAGGGGCCAGUGAGCUCCCGGUAGAAACAGAGAUCCAGGAAAAUGUAGUUGCCCCAAAGAUACUCACCGAGAAGAGCGUACACGAAGGCGCUAUUAAGCAAGACAUGGGAGAAGAAACAGAGGACGAGCAGCAUAAAGUUAACGGAGAGGUGUCUCAUGUUGACAUUGAUGUUUUGCCACAAAUUAUUUGUUGUUCAGAGCCACCAGUGGUAAAAACAGAGAUGGUAACAAUUUCUGAUGCCUCACAAAGGACAGAAAUCUCCACCAAGGAAGUCCCUAUUGUCCAAACUGAGACCAAAACCAUCACAUAUGAGUCUUCACAGAUUGAUGGCGGGGCUGGUGGUGACUCGGGCACGUUACUGACUGCACAAACCAUCACAUCUGAUUCCGUGUCGACAACAACAACCACACACAUCACCAAGACUGUAAAAGGUGGAAUAUCUGAAACAAGAAUUGAGAAGCGCAUCGUGAUCACAGGAGAUGCAGAUAUUGACCAUGAUGAGGCGCUGGCCCAGGCCAUCAGGGAAGCCAGAGAGCAGCACCCCGACAUGUCGGUCACAAGAGUGGUGGUGCACAAAGAAACUGAGUUGGAGGAAGGGGACGAGUAAGCGAGAAAUUCAUUUUUUAGACAACAUUCAACUUUGUGAACCUGAAGAAUUUUGACCAUGCCACACCACUACUCCAGCGAAUAUAUACUCCACCUGGUAACAAUGACCAGAAGCCUGAAGAAUUAAAAUGCCAACACCAAACCUUACCUUAACAGCUCUGGUCUAUACUGUUCCCUUUCAUUUUAAUACAUAUUUUUUGUUUUAUAACCACUUCUAAAUAUUCUUUUCUUUUACUAGGGAGCUUUGUUUUUGUUUCCUGUUUACUUUGUGUACAACUACCUGCUUUUUAUGACUCAUCUUGAUCAAAUGAUAGUGAACAAAACCAGCCCAGGCUGGUAAGGUGCCGUUCACUUGAACAGGUGCUGUUGUGCGGAAAGGAAACUCUGUGACUAAUUUAGCUAGAAGCAUUCCUUCUUCCAAAUUCUUCCCAUUGAAUUCUUCCUAUGAAUAUUUACAGAGUUUUCCGAUUUCAGUAAAUAGACGGGAUGAGAAAAUAUUAAUACAGAUUAAAAGCAUUUCUUACCUUUUGGAAAUUUUUCUAAUGUUUGAGAAUUUCAUUAGGGAUAUUUUUUAUAUUGAGCCCCUUUGACUUUCCAGUCCUGUGACUUUUCACUUUUAGUAGAAAGUCAGAGACUUUCCAGACUGGAGCAGUAUGAAGACGUCCGCUGACCUUGCACUGUGUUUAGAGACCCUGUCACACCACAGUGCCCAUGCUUCUCGGACACACCCUCUUCGGCAGCAUUCCAGAAACAGGAGGGAGAAAAAAGAGCAAAUGGUUUCUUCCUUCCUACUAAAAUAUUCAGGCAGCUUAAAACCUUAGUGCUUUCUUUCUUAACAUGUCCAAAUUCCAUCCUUUGAACACUUGUGUAGAACUUGCUUUGUAUUAAACUCCUUGUCUUCAUGUAAAACUGACCUUUCCUUACUGAGCAGCUUUAACUCUUUCAGAUAGUUUGAUGAUCCACACAGGUUUGAGGACACUGGGGAAAGAAGGGGCUAUGGUGGUUUUUUGAUGGUUCUAAGGAAGCUAUGCCAUUUAAAGCUGACACCAGAGACCUGAUAGAGACUUAUUAACUGUAUUGAACCUUUUUUUUUCUUUUGCUUUCAACCCCAUGUAUAGUUACAAUGCCAGAUUAGAUUUAUAGCAGCUUCAAGUUGUAUUAAAUGAUAUUUUGCUUUCUGUAAUACUGUUAUGAAAUAAAGUUUGUUUAUUCUCUAAA